AUGGGCAAAUUGAAUAUCUCCGGCCCAGGCGGUACAACACGGCCGCCGGCGCCGCCAGGAAACUCAGGAACCGCAGGAGGAAAGUUGCGAAAGGGCUGGGGGGAGAUUAUUAGCCAAGACCUACUGAUGCAGGUUCAAACGUGCCCACACUCUGCGCGAGUUGUUCUUGGUGACACUGCUGUCCUGGAGGCCAGGAAGGGUUUGUCACGAGUUUUGCAGGUUGGAAGCGACGGGGAUCUGGAGUUGUUUGCGCAGCAACUAAAGAGUUCUGACAAUGCAGCGUGUGGACCGGACUUUCGAGAGUGCAAUGACAAGAUACCAUGCUUCGCAAUAUCGUAUGUGCACUCGGACACGCCGACGGGGAGGUUCAAGUUUUCAGUGGAGCAAUGGGACAGCUUCAAAGCGGCAUGUGAGGAGAUAUUCGGAAGCGGUGUAAAGGAGAUACGAAUCUGGCUGGAUCAAUGUUUGUGGUUGAGGGAUGCGAGUCAAGGGGCUUGGGCGCACACCGGACUGAUGCCGUAUGUGAUGUGGCCUGUGAUCAGCCUUGGGGUGAAGGCAGCGGGGGCGGAGAAGACGCUUGACACUAACGAGCGGAUGUGGCCGUUUGUGGAGGAGGUUGCGGGGCUGUGGUCGAUGGGAGUGAUGAUAACGAGGGAGCUGCGAGGCAAGACGAUGGAUACUGGAAGUCGACGAUGGCUCUCAUUUCAGUUGCGGCACAAAUGUGAACCGGAAGAGAGCAUGAGGCUGUUGCUGUUGAACAUCUUUCAUGGAGCGGUGGACGGAUUGCAAACGGGGUGGCAAGAAGAUGUAGAAGAACUGAAGGACAUAGCGAAAUGGAACGUAUUGUGUGACACUGAACAUGCAAUUGUGGGAAGCGACUGGAGAUCACGAAUGGCCAAACUUGAACGAAGGUCGAUUUCUGGUCUGGUUGAGGAGCUGAUGCUGGAUAAUGAGCCGAACAAGUACCUCGAUCUAAGCCGCAGAGUAAAUAACGAAGAAGGGUGGACGGGAAUUUCUGAAUGGGCAUCUGGGGUAGGCAAAGAUAUCUCUGGCACGACUAUAUCUGAUGAAUUCGCAGACACUAGUCAGUAUCAAGUGAUGACAGACUGCGGAGAAUUUCAAAUUAUAAGGUGGCACGAUUACGAAUCAGAGAUGUGCCUUCUGGUCGCGAUGGAUGGAAGAAGCUCCGACUUUAGUCGCGGUCAUGUACAAUGGACUCAAGUGAUGUUUGGUGAGUCCAGCCGCUUGCUUGAUGAUGCGCUUAGCGAGGAAAAGAUCUUCGUGGUUGAAGGAGCUCUUCGCGAACAUUUAGGGAUACGGGUUGUAAUUACUUCAAUUGUGAACAGAAGCGGCGCUCCGAUCCAAUGGACAUAG